AUGUAUUAGAAUAAUUCUGAGGUAUAUGAUCAGAAUCAUUAUAGCAUUAUGAAUUCUGUAAUAGUAACCUCGUCAUUGAAGAAAUUCCAGAGGAUAUCGAAAACUACAAAAUUGUUAACCAGGAAGCAGCUGAUGAAAAUAAAAUCAGGGUGACUCUUGUAAUGUAUAGUCUUAACUGCAAUCUUAGGUAAACAAUCAAAAACUCAAACAAGAGUUCUUAAAUGCAGAUGAUUUCUCAGCUUUUACUCAAGUUCUCGUAAUUUCCACUAUCAGUCAUAAUUCGUAAUUCGAUGAUCCUUUUUUUCACUAUAUUCUCAUGAUGACUAAGGUUAUUCGAAAAGCACUUCAAAAAAUGCUGAUACCAUCAUUCAUUAAAUCAAAAGAGGAGUUUAUUGUAUUGUUAAUCUAAUUUAGAGAUCAAAAAAAAUAACUUGUUUCAAUGUUUCUACCAAGAUAUUAAUAUAGGAUUUAUAACCUCCACUGGAUAAAUCAAAUCCACCGGAUUUAUUUAUGUCCAUAAAACUAUUAGAGACUAUAUAAUCAAGAAAAUUAUUAUUGACCAAAAAUAAGAAAGAGUUAGAUUGUUAAUGAAUUUUUUUAAAAUUGAAAAUAUAAUUAAGAUACCUUAUAUGCAUUAAGAUUACAAAAACUAAUUCUUAAAAACGAAUAAAUUUAAAAAUGAAUUCUUAAUUUUAAAUGAAGAGUAAGAAAAUCAUCAAACUUUAUAUCAAGUCUAUAGAUUAGUUGAUGACUAAAUUUAUUAUGUAAAAAGAGUAAUCAAAUCUUUUUAUAUUAUUAGAUACAUUUAAGAGCUAAUUUCAUCACUUAGUUUAUAAAUAUUUUCAAUACCAAGGAUAUUUACAUAAAUAUUGCUAAGAUUUUAGCCUCUCUUUCUCAUCCUAAUGUAAUUAGAUUAUAUGAUUGGUGGAUAGAAAUAUUGAAUUUUUAACCUUAUUUAUUUAUGCAAAUAGAAUAUUGCAUAUAUCCUAGAUAUAUAUCUUAAGCUAAAAAUUUGUUAAGUUAUUCCUAUUUUUAUAUGAACCCAAUGGCAAAUAAAUAAAAAUAGAAGCACAUUCAAGAUAUUAUUUUUUAAAUAAUUUAAGGUUUGGAAUUUCUAAAAUUAAGAAAGAUUCAUCUAAUUGAUUUAAAACCUGAAAAUAUAAUGAUAACAAUAACUGUCACUGGGAAUUUAUAAGUAAUUAUUUUAUUAAUAAAAAAUCUAGGUUGUACUUGCAGAUUUUAAUCCUUAAAUAAAUAAUCAACGAUACCAAAGUUAUUUAGAAUACACAUUUUAAGCUAUAGGAACAUUAAUUUUGCAUUUAAUUUUAACAUUUCCUGGAGAUGCUAAUCUUAGAAACAGUUAUAUAGAGCAUUUUAAAAAUUGUAAAUUAGAAGAAUCUUUUGCCCUUUUUGAUUCUUAGGCAUAAAAAGUAAAAAAUAGAAAUCGUGAGUUUUCAUUUCAACACUAUAAAAAUUUGCUUUAACUAGCUAAAUCCAUAUUUACAAAAUAAAUUUUUAAUGAUUUUAAUGAAUUGAAAUCUUUUUUUGAAAAAAUCAAUUGA